UUUUCAAUUUACAUAUAACUUAGAAAACACAACUUUUAUUUUACAAGAAAAUAUGUUGAUGGCAAAGAAGAAAAGUUUAUUUAUUCUCCUAUGCAUUUUGAUGUUAAAUCUUUUAAUUGGGGAUGCCUUGAAUGGGCUAGAAGAGAACAUAGCUUUCACGGAAUCCAAAAAUGAUCAUCCUAGUUUCUAUGGUUUGGAGAGGAUGAAAGAAGUUCCAUUUGAUUAUUAUCAACUUGUAUUGCAAUGGCAACCAGCAACUUGCAGCAAUGCCAUUUGUCUAAGACCCUGGUCGUCGAGGUUUAGCAUCAACGGUCUAUGGGCUGCCAGCUAUUCUCGCCCUAUUGGUCGUUGCACUGGCAACGGAUUUCUUCAACAAAACAUCACGAGCAUUAGAAAAGAGUUGGAUGAGGAUUGGCCGAGUUUGGUAAUAAGUGCAAACCCAGCAGUAUGGAGUGAAGCAUGGAAUUUACAAGGCACAUGCUUUGAAUCUCCAACAUUCCAAAUCAAUGACUAUUUCCGAUUAGCACUAUACCUUUUUUGGAGAAGCGAUGUGCAAAAAGCACUUCAAGAAUCUGGGAUUGAACCAAUAAAUGGAAAGCAAUAUGAAAAGUCGGAUAUUGAAGCAGCCAUAACCAAAAGCUUUGGGAAGCCAGCAUUGCGUUGCAACUUGAACUUAAAGUACUUACUUCAGUCUCAAUUGUCACAAGUGUUUCUUUGCUUUGAUAAAUGUCUUGCUCACAUCGAUUGUCCUUCUAAAUAUUCUCCUGCCCUUGGAUGUCCUACAAAGAUCCUAUGGAACAAAACAUAGUUUUAACUUUUAGUUUUUCCUGGAUAUGCAAAGGGAUAAAUUAAAUAAAUAAACAAAACUUCAUUAUUCCCUUUGCCUCUUUUAAUUUGCUUUGUGUCGGAUUAUAUGACUAUAUGUGUACGUGUAUCAUCUCAUCAUCAAUAAAGUUGCUACUCAUAUCA